AUGGUAGAUUUCACAGUAUAAUUUUGAUAUUCAGACAGUCUAGGAUGAUUGAUUUUUAUGAUUCACUUUUUGAAGUACACAUAACUCUCGGAUUUAAAUCCGAAGUUUCCGCAUUUAUUUCUAUUUCAAUCGAUGAUGAUGAGAAUUUUAUUAAAAUUUUAGUUUAUCACAGAAAAUUUUCCAAAGAAGGAAAUUACUGGAUAUUAAUGAUUUACUAUAGGCUAGAACCUAUCGGAUAGAUUUCGUAUUCGAAUCCAAUCGAGUCUAGAUCUAAAAAUUUCGUACGUGACGGACUCUAUUAUAGACUAAGUUUAUCUUUGAUAUUAUGAAUUCAGAUAAACAAUAUUGUUCAUUCUUUAUUCUCUAUGAAUAGGAUGCCAGCAUUUAAUUCAAGUAUACUUUAUGUAAUCUUCUUUGUGGCUUAUCUAUUAGUCAAUCUGUAUUUAUUCAUGAACUUACUUUUAGCCGUUAUUUUUUCCAAUUACAAACAACAUUUACAGGCAAAAAUAAUAUUUUUCUUUUUUGUUUGAAUUUUCAAACUAUAAAAUUUCAUGUCUAUGAAUAUUUUAUUUAUCUAGGAAGAACAACAAUUAAUUCAUAAACGCCAAUUAGAUACUCUUAUGAUUAUAUUUGAACGUUUAACAAGGCAUAGUUCAACUCGUCGUAUAUCAUAUGAAACAUAUGUACGUUUAAUGCGUGCAAUUGAACCUGAUAUAACAGAAAAUAUAAUUGAUGCUUAUUGGAAAACAUUAAAUGUAACUAAUCAAGAAGAUGGAUUAAAUGUACAACAAUUAAAUGAACUUUUGUUAAAUCUUAAUUUUGAAUUAAGACAACGAAGUACUGAUCAAACAACACUUCAAAAAAAAUGUCCAUCACUUUAUAAUUCUAAACCAAGUCGAAUUAUUAUUGAUUUUGUUAAUACAGAUCUUUUUCGAGCUAUAAUUAAUUUAUUAAUUGUUGGUAAUGCUAUAUGUUUAGCAGCAAGUUAUAAUCAAUUAGAAUGGCUUUUCUUAUCUCUAUUUAUUGUUGAAGCUUUAUUAAAAAUGUAUGCAAUUGGUGUAAAAGAAUAUUUUCAUCAUCGAUGGAAUAUAUUUGAUUUUACAAUUGUUUUUGUAUCAACAACUUAUAGUCUUCUAACAGCUAUUAUUAAAACUUGUAAAUCGAAACA